CCCAGACCUCGGAGGAGCGCCCCAGGGAGCUCCGAGCGCGUGCACGCGUGGCAGACGGAGGAGGCCAGUGCCCAGCUUGAGUCCACUGGGCCUUGAAGGUUCUGAGUUGCCUUUUGCAGUGGCCCACAUGAGAAAAAAGUGGAAAAUGGGAAGCAUGAAAUACAUCUUUUCCUUGUUGUUCUUUCUUUUCCUAGAAGGAAGCAAAACAGAGCAAGUAAAACAUUCAGAGACAUAUUGUGUGUUUCAAGACAAGAAGUACAGAGUGGGUGAGAGAUGGCAUCCUUACCUGGAACCUUAUGGGUUGGUUUACUGCGUGAACUGCAUCUGCUCAGAGAAUGGGAAUGUGCUUUGCAGCCGAGUCAGAUGUCCAAACCUUCAUUGUCUCUCUCCUGUGCAUAUUCCUCAUCUGUGCUGCCCUCGCUGCCCAGAAGACUCUUUACCCCCAGCAAACAAUAAGGUGACCAGCAAGUCGUGUGAGUACAAUGGGACCACUUACCAACAUGGAGAGCUGUUCGUGGCUGAAGGGCUCUUUCAGAACCGGCAACCUAAUCAAUGUACCCAGUGCAGCUGUUCGGAGGGGAAUGUGUAUUGUGGUCUCAAGACUUGCCCCAAGUUAACCUGUGCAUUCCCAGUCUCUGUUCCGGAUUCCUGCUGCCGAGUGUGCAGAGGGGAUGGAGAACUGUCGUGGGAACAUUCUGAUGGUGAUAUCUUCCGGCAACCUGCCAACAGAGAAGCAAGACAUUCUUACCACCGCUCUCACUAUGAUCCUCCAUCAAGCCGACAGGCUGGAGGUCUGCCCCGCUUUCCUGGAGCCAGAAGUCACCGGGGAGCACUUAUGGAUUCCCAGCAAGCAUCAGGGACCAUUGUGCAAAUUGUCAUCAAUAACAAACACAAGCAUGGACAAGUAUGUGUUUCCAAUGGAAAGACCUAUUCCCAUGGCGAGUCCUGGCACCCAAACCUCCGGGCAUUUGGCAUUGUGGAGUGUGUGCUGUGCACUUGUAAUGUCACCAAGCAAGAGUGUAAGAAAAUCCACUGCCCCAAUCGAUACCCCUGCAAGUAUCCUCAAAAAAUAGAUGGGAAGUGCUGCAAGGUGUGUCCAGGUAAAAAGGCAAAAGAAGAACUUCCAGGCCAAAGCUUUGACAGCAAAGGCUACUUUUGUGGAGAAGAAACGAUGCCUGUGUAUGAGUCUGUAUUUAUGGAGGAUGGAGAAACUACCAGAAAAAUAGCACUGGAGACUGAAAGACCACCUCAGGUAGAGGUCCACGUCUGGACCAUUCGAAAGGGCAUUCUCCAGCACUUCCAUAUUGAGAAGAUCUCCAAGAGGAUGUUUGAGGAGCUUCAUCACUUCAAGCUGGUGACCAGGACAACCCUGAGCCAGUGGAAGAUAUUCACUGAAGGAGAAGCUCAGAUCAGCCAGAUGUGUUCAAGUCGUGUGUGCAGAACAGAGCUUGAAGAUUUGGUCAAGGUUUUGUACCUGGAGAGAUCUGAAAAGGGCCACUGUUAGGCGAGACAUACAGUAUUGGAUAGGGUAAAGCAAAAAAAAACUCAAGCUGCAGCCGGACUGCAGGCUUAUUUUGCUUAAGUCAACAGUGCCCUAAAACCCCAAACUCAAAAGCAGUCAAUUAUUCACGCCAUGCACAGCAUAACUUGCUCGUUUAUGUGGAGUGGUGUGUCAGCCCUUGAACAUCUCCUCCAAAGACACUAGAAAAGUCUUGAAUUAUUUGUGGGAGGAGGAGGGAUAGAACACCACAACAUUGCUCUAGUUUCUUGGAGAAUCACAUUUCUUUACAGGUUAAAGACAAACAAAACCCCAGGGUUUCUAUUCAGAAAGUUACUCAAAUGAAAGAAAGAGAAGGGAAUUGCUUAGUAGGAGUUCUGGAGUAUAGAGCAAUUAUUUGUAUGAAAUUAUACCCUUUGAAUUUUAGAACAUCUUGUGUUUUUUAAAAAAAUUAAUUCCUCAUCCUCAUACACACACAUACAUAUGCACACCCCUACACCCAUUAAACUACAAUCUCCAUUCUGAGGCAAAGCUAGCCUAGACCCUACCAUACUUUCCCUUGCUUGGCUCCCAAGUAGCUUGGAGGUUCUUGGUGCCCAGGAGAAUAAAUAGAAUUAUGAGCAGAAGGCUCUGUCCCUAGAUCUCUGAUGUGGCUGUUGAAGCCACCAACUACAGUGGCAGGGUGAAGGAUAAGAACACCAUUUCAUGGCCUCAUUCACUUUGAAGUAGUUAAUGACUUGUCCCUAAUGAUACCAAUUCUCUUUUCUCCCUGAACCUGUGGGGCCUACAGAAAGAAGUUAGAAUUAAGUAAAAUUUUCAGAAACUGAAUCCAUAUAAGACAAAAUAAUUAUUGAAGAAGGGAGUUGAUAGAAGUCAAAAGGCCAUCUUUUUGUUUUCACAUCAAUAAAACUCAACAAUUAAUAGAUCAAUACUCACUAAUUUUCUUGAGGCCACGGUUGUCUAGCCAGAAAACAUAGGUUAAAUUUUUAAACUGUAGAAGCUUCUUAAAGGGGCAUUUUUCCUUCUUCUCCAAUUAUAGGAGUUGAUUUUUUGUUCACAAAGUGGCUUGGUCUUCAGUAACUUCUGUGGUGUGUUAAGAGAGUUAUUAUUCAUUUUUAGGGAGCUGGGAAUUCUGAUAAAUAUCUUUAUCCUAAACGUAUCUAUCAUCCUUGCCUUAUCCAUCAAACAUGCAUUUAAGCAAAGAUUCUAGAGAAGGCCGCUCCUAAAAUGUCUACUUGUAGCCCAAUACCAGAGCAUAAAUUAUCCAUUCUGAGGUCUGGCUUUAGAAAUCAUCUUUGUGGGAAAACGUCACAACAAGGAUCUCAAGCCUGCCUUAUAGAUUUGUUGUUCCCUCUGAGGGGCAUGAAUGAACUCUAGUGAGUACUUAGAGGUAUUGAGGACCCAGAAAUCCCGUAUUUCCUGCUCCAUGACUGUAAGUGAGAGACCUUUUUUUUUUCCUUAGAGUAUUUGAAACUGAUAGGGAAAAAUGUCCAGUCUUUAUGGCAACCUGGCAUAAAGCAGUUGGUUCUCAUAAAAGAGACACAAGGGCCUUGUGGGCAAGACUUCAUGGAACAAGCCUCUUGCCGGCCCAUCACACACAUUCUCCUCGGAAGAGAGAGGUAGGACAUCCUGGACCGAAAGGUCACAGAACACUGUUGUGUGUGUGGAGGGGGAGGGUUAAGCAGCUGCUGCCUCCCUCCCAGAGGUGGCAGCAUUUCCGUAGUGUGGAGACCAGUAACAGGACCCUGAAGCAAAGCGGUGAUUCCCCUUCUUGAUGAUUCACCCCAAAGCCUUCCCACCCAGGUGUUCUCUGAAAGCUCAGCCUUAAGGGAACACCCAGAGAGCUUCCCUAGAUAGACUUCUGCCUCCAGGUGCUGGGACACACCUUUCCAACGUGCUGGGAGAAGCAGGAGCUAGGGAGUUGUGUUAAGUCAGCGUAGAAACCCUCCAGUGUUUGGUGUUGUGUAGAGAGUAGGACAUAGGGAAAAGAGGCCAAGCUGCCUGUAGUUAAUAAAGAAGAAUGGAUUUGGUUCUUCUUGUGUAUUUAUUUGUAUCAUAAACACUUGGAACAACAAAGACCAUAAGCACCAUUUAGCAGUUGUAGCCAUUUUCUAGUUAACUCAUGUAAACAAGUAAGAGUAAUGUAACAGUAUUACCCUUUCACUCUUCUCACAGGACAUGUACCUCAAUAUGGUACUUAUUUAUGUAGUCACUGUAUUUCUGGGUUUUUAAAUUAAUAAAAAAGUUAAUUUUGAAAAAUCA